AUGAUAAAAAACUUGAGAGGAAAACAACAAAGUUGCACUCCCACUGAAUCCUCAAUUUUCUUAAACUUGCCUUGAGAGCCAAGUGCUGAAUUUCUAAGUAAACCAAACAUACAAAAAGUUGUAUAUUCUGAAAGAAAUUUAAAGAAACCAAAAAAACUCUUUGUCAAGCGCUUUGCAAAUAAAAGGACUUCUCUUAUUGUAUCUCCUCAAAGAGAAAACCAAGACAAAUUUCUAAAGCCUGAAGCUAAAAAUACAUUAAGGCUAUACCCAAACUCUUACCACAAUCAUUCAAAAUCUCAAGUCGCAUUUCAGUCGAUUUCACCCAGGAUUUCUUCCCCUAAACCUGAAGAAAUUUAUACAGAUAAUAACGUAAUGAAACUAAGUGUAUUCUCAAGCGAAAAAAAGAGAAAAAAUUGAGACACCAAGCAAGCGCUUCCUUUAUCAAGAGUUUCUCCUGAUUUGACUAAUGAAAAAGUAGGAUAUUCGAUCACUAAAUAUUCAAGGCCAUUUUAUAUAACAAAAAUCAAAGACGAAGACAAAGAAGAAUUUUUACCGAACGUGAAAAAUGAAAAUCUUGAAAAAUUUUUAAAUAGAUUUGAUAGUGAUUUCUCAUCAUAUGGUCCGCCAAAAGGCCGAAAAGGGCUGAACGGAUGGAAAUUGACGAAUAGGCUUACAGAUAAUCUAAGCCCAAAGAUUUCAAAGGGAGUCUACCUAUCGCGGCCUUCAAGCAAGAUGAGCUCAUUUUUGAACAACCGAAACACACCUGUCGGUUUUGCCAAGUAUGUUUAA